UGUUUAGAAAAGUGUGAGUUAUCUGCCAGGCAGCACACUAUCAUUUUACUCUUCUGGAUGUCGUCUGAUCCUCAUCAUGAACUUCAAGCUCGUCUUCCUCUGCCUCUUCUUAGCGGUGCUACUCAUACCUGCUGAACUGAAACCUAAAAAGGAAAAAAAAAAUCAUCAUCGGCAUCGGCAUCAUGAACAUGGUGUUGGUCAUGAUCAGGAUAGGCAUGAUAGACGUGAGAGAAAUAAAAAAAAAUUUAAGGACAUAAUUAUCGACCACUUCUUUGCGAUCCUGCCGGGAUCUUCUGACAAUAAUGAUGAUGAUGAUGAUGAUGACGACGAUGAUGAUAUUUCAGAAUGGCUUUUUAAACUUCAAGAGACAGAAGGCCCAUGCGACCCAAACCCUUGCCAUAACAAUGGAGUGUGUGAGCCUAAAGCCAGGAACAAAUACAAAUGCGACUGUCCCAAACCUUACAAAGGAAAGAAAUGCGAAAGAGCUAAAAGAAUUUGUAAGAGAGGUCGGUGUGGACGUGGUGAAUGUGUUCUGACGUCAAGUCCCCCAUAUUAUGAAUGCAAGUGCAAGGAGCCCUUCCAGCCUCCAAACUGCAGGACAUAUAAACUGUGUGAUCCUAGCCCGUGUGAAAACGGUGGCAAAUGCAUCAUAGAUGGUAACGACUUCGACUGCGCGUGCAGUCCGGGGUACAGAGGAAAUUUCUGCCAAGUUGGCCCUGAUGACUGCUAUGUGGACGAUGGAGAGUCAUAUCGUGGCAACGUGAGUGAGUCCGACGACGGUGAUGAAUGCCUCCACUGGAACUCACAUUUCAUCCUGAAUCAAGGGACAAAUCCCUUCACCGCCUUUGAGGACCCAGAUGGACUCGGCCCCCACAACUUCUGCAGAAACCCAGAUGGCAGCGCAAUGCCUUGGUGUUUCUUCAGAAGAGGGAGGAAGUUGCUGUGGGACUACUGUGAUUUGUCAGAGUGUCCCGAGCCGACAGAUGAGACGCCAACUGAAGUUACCUCAGCAGUCCCUGAUCCCACUCCUCCCAAACCACAACCUACACAUCAUGAACCCAUAGCAACCGUCAAGCCAAUACCAACCCAACCGCCAACAACUGCCACACCCCCAGCAACUAUCAAACCCCCAGCAACUACCGAAUCCCCAAUGACCCAAGCGCCCAGCCAGGCUCCGCAACCUUCUACCAUACCCACUGCUCGUCCUUCUGUCCCCGUUCCCACUGUUCCACCAACACAGUUCCUUACCUGUGGGCUGCCUCAGCCUAAAAGGCCCAUAACCCGAAUAUUUGGGGGUCUGAAGGUGCCUCCGGGUGCUCUACCCUGGCAGAUGUCUUUGCAAGUGAGACCAAAGGGCUCCAACCAGCCAUACCGACACAUAUGCGGAGGAGUACUUAUUGCCAGCUGCUGGGUGCUGACAGCCGGACACUGCAUUGAACACAGAAAGGACAUGCAGGUGCUUAUGGGAGGUCUGUCUCUGGACAUGACAGAAUAUACAGAGCAAAUCUUACAAAUUGAAGAGACUAUUUUGCAUGAGAACUACAGGGAGACUCCUACAGCUGUAUACAACGACAUAGCUUUGCUGAGGCUGAAUGGAACUGAUGGUGUUUGUGCCAGAGAGACCCAGUUUGUUAAGACAGCCUGUCUGCCUAAUGCCCAACUGCCUGAUGGGACGGAGUGCACCAUUUCUGGAUGGGGUGCCACUGAGGAAUCUAAGUUUGGUUCCAACCACCUGCUCAAGGCCAACGUACUGCUGAUCAACCAGGAGAAAUGCUCUGAACCCAAUGUUUACGGCAGAAGUCUGGACAAUACCAUGUUCUGUGCUGGCUACCUGCAGGGAGGGGUGGAUUCCUGCCAGGGUGACUCUGGAGGACCGCUGACUUGUGAGCAGAAUACUGUCAGUGUUAUUUAUGGCCUGGUGAGUUGGGGAGACCAAUGUGGGAGGAAGAACAGCCCUGGGGUCUACACACGGGUCACCAACUUCGUGAACUGGAUCAAAUCGAAAACUCAAGCAAAGUUUCCAUCAGCAAAUAACCAGCCGCUGCAGCUGUAAUGAACGCAGCAAAUCACGCUCAUCAUGUGUAUCUCUUUGAUUUUGUGCAAUUGAAUCUGCUAUUCUGCUCUUCAGGUCUACGUCAACUAGGCAUCAAUGCCACCUAAAGGCACCUUAUCAAAUGGUUUUGUCCUUGAAAUAAAUUUGCAUUGUCAUGUCAGUUUAACAGAUAUUUGUAAAUUGGAUAUGGCUCACAAGAAAAAAGUCUGCACUUUCUACUGUU